AUGUCUUCCUCAUCAAGUGAUGAAGUAGAUGAAGCUUUAGAUGAAAUUGUCGACGAAGUAGUCGAUAAUUACAUCGACUCAAUGGUUAAUGCUCAAAUCAACAAGCCGAAGCGACGAAGUUAUAUCGAAAGAGAGCGGGAACUAGGACACAAACAACUAUGGAACGAUUAUUUCGCGGAAAACCCAACAUACCAGCCGGAAAUGUUUAGGCGCCGUUUUCGAAUGAACAAAACUUUGUUCCUUCGCAUAGUCCAAAGCCUAACUAAUGAACUGCCAUACUUUCAGCAAAGAAGAAAUGCUCAUGGAAGGUUGGGGCUAUCUGCACUUCAAAAGUGCACGGCCGCAAUACGUAUGCUGGCAUACGGACAAUCGGGAGAUAUGUAUGACGAAUAUCUCCGACUAGGUGAAAGUACUUCACGUUUAUGUUUGGAUAAUUUCACUAAUGGGAUUAUACAAUUGUUUGGAGCUGAGUAUUUAAGAAGACCUACACCGGCGGAUCUUCAACGAUUACUCGAUGUUGGAGAGGCACGGGGGUUUCCAGGGAUGGUAGGCAGCAUCGAUUGUAUGCAUUGGGAGUGGAAAAACUGCCCAACGGCUUGGAGAGGGCAGUUUACACGUGGUUCAGGAAAGCCGACAAUUGUCUUAGAAGCUGUGGCAUCACAGGAUCUUUGGAUAUGGCACGCAUUUUUCGGUUUACCAGGACCGUCUGAAUCAGAGGUAUUGUCUAAUAUCUUAAGCCCCUCCGGUGUUGUUACUGGCGGUAGCACUACGUACAACUGGCCGUGA